AGUGCUUUGGAAGACUAGGUAAAAGUGAAAGAGAUCUGGGGACAAAGCUCCGUUAACACUUAGGGAACUGCGGAGCAAGUCUGGCCAAAGGGGCUGAAGUGAACAGAGCUGGGCGGAAGAGUUUGCAGGGCUGGGCCCUGUAGGGACUAGGGGAUUUAACCACAGGGCUGGCCCACUCUGGGAGCUACUGGCAGAGAAGGUGGGGACCUGCCUCAGUUCAGAUUUUUAUUUCCUCAAGAUCCUGCUGGAAUACCAGCCAUGCUUGCUGCAGCGGGCUCCCUAGUGGCUGUCAUUUGGGCCUCGCUAUAUCUCCGGAUUUUGCUCUAUCUCCCGACUUUGCUGCUGUCUGCUCUCACCUUUCUGUUCCUGGCUGAUUUCCUCAAAAACAGACGCCCCAAGAACUACCCUCCAGGGCCAUGGCGCCUGCCCAUAUUGGGUUGUUUGUUCCAUUUGGACCCCAAGCAGCCCCACCUAUCCCUUCAGCAGUUUGUGAAGAAAUAUGGAAAUGUUUUAAGCCUGGAUUUUGCUAACAUACCUUCAGUGGUUAUAACGGGUAUGCCCUUAAUCAAAGAAGUCUUUACUCAAAUGGAGCACAAUUUCCUGAAUCGCCCGGUCUCUCUUCUCCGAAAACAUCUCUUUAACAAAAAUGGAUUGAUCUUCUCCAGUGGCCAGACAUGGAAGGAGCAAAGAAGGUUCACCCUGAUGACACUGAGGAACUUUGGAUUGGGAAGGAAGAGCUUAGAGCAGCGAAUACAGGAGGAGGCCCACCACCUUGUGGAUGUCAUAAGAGAGGAGGGAGGACAGCCUUUUGACCCUCACUUCAAUAUCAACAAUGCAGUUUCCAACAUCAUUUGCUCUAUUACCUUUGGGAAGCGCUUUGAGUACCAUGACGGUCAGUUUCAGGAGAUGCUGAAGCUACUGAAUGAGGCCCUGUGUUUGGAGUCAUCAUUAAUGUGCCAUGUAAGCACUCUCAUAUCUCAGGAAGG